GCUGUGGGUCUGAUUUUAGUAGCUUCAGCUGAGACAAAUCAGCUGUGUUCCAGGAUAGAGCUGAUAUAGAUAUACUGAAGAGAAAAAAAAAUGGGAUCAUCAGAGUCAACACCGGUGCAAUGGCUAUCAUCACCACCACCACCAAAUCCAGAACUGGUUAAACCAUGGAGGACAUUUGACUGGGGACAGAAAGAAGACCUAAAAAAAAAGCUGGAAAACUUCUGUCCGAGUCAUCCAGAUGUAAACCAUGUCAAGAUCCUGGUAGCUGGAGAAAUUGGAGCAGGAAAGUCCAGCUUUAUUAAUUCAGUUGAUAGUGCCUUUCUGGGACGGAUCUCCUCUAGAGCACUAGUUAAUACAGCUGAUGGUGACAUAGUUUCUAGUCGUAGUUUCACUAAAAAUCUCAAAGGAUUCUCCAUCAGAAGUGAAAAAAAAAAAAUGCCCUUCAUUUUCAAGGACAUCAUGGGCUUGGAACCUGAAGUAUUGAAGGGGUCGCAAAUAGAAGACAUCAUCAAUGCUGUGUAUGGCCACGUGAAGGACGGCUAUAAAUUCAACGAAGAGCAGGCACUCACUUAUAAGGAUCAGCAAUACAACUGUGAUCCCAACCUCUCCGACCAGUCUUUCUGCCUGGUUUACGUUAUAGCUGCGGAUACAGUCCAAUACACAGAUGAUCGUCUUUUUGACAAGCUGAAGAUCAUCCGCCAGAGAAUCAGUGAAAAGGGGAUUCCUCAAGUGAUUGUCAUGACUAAAGUGGAUGAAGCAUGUCCGCUGGUCCAAAAUGAUCUGAGGAAGAUGUACACUAGCAAGAAAAUCAAGAAGAAGAUGGAUUUGUGCAGUGCUAAAUUGGGUGUGCCACUGACAAACAUACUCCCUGUGAAGAACUACCACAAUGAGAUCAACACAGAUGAUGACAUUGACGUUCUGUUACUAAAGGCACUUGAACAGAUUGUUCAGCUUGCUGAUGAUCGGUUGGAGGAUACUGAUAGCUACUGACAAAAAUAAAGUAAUUUCUGCAUUUCCCAGUGUAGCUUUCUAAUAAACCUUUGCUCACCAUGAAUAUUGUAGGCUGUGUGACAAAUUGCUUAUGUUUCUCUAAUGUAAGAUGCUUUGGAUAAAAGCACCUGUUAAAUGCAUAAAUGUAAACUUAAAUUCCAGAUUCAGUAUUUUGCUGUUAGUAUCGUAGUCUUUGGCUUUGACCAGCAUGUGCAUCUUAUUUCAGCAGAUAAACUUUACUGUUACAAAAUUAGUCUUUGAAUGAACCUCUAUUCCAGUGGCUACUGUGAUUUCCCAGGUAUAUAUGGCACAGACUAGUAGCCUACACUGUAAAAAAUUUACCGUAAAAUUUUAGAGUAACUUACUGGCAACAAUUAGGCAGUAAGUUACUGUGAAUACUUUUUACAGUAAGGGUACUGUACUUCCAUUUACAGUAUUUUAUGUAUACACUGUGAAAUAAAAAACAAUUAAAUACUGUGAUUUUAGUUGUAUUUACAGUUACUUACUGGCUAAUUGUUGUCAGUAAGUUACUGACUACGUUUUACAGUAAGGGUACUGUACUUCCAUUUACAGUAUUUUGUGUAUUCACUGUAAAAUAAAAAACAAUUAAACACUGA